CCACAUUACGUAAAGGUUGAAGCUCAUCUGAGGGCCUUAUCGCAGUGUUUGUUUUUGAUCAAGAGCUUUAUUUUUAAAGAUCAUGUCUGGAAGAGGGAAAACCGGAGGCAAAGCCCGAGCAAAAGCCAAGUCCCGCUCUUCCCGGGCCGGACUCCAGUUCCCGGUGGGUCGAGUCCACAGGCUACUGCGCAAGGGCAACUAUGCGGAGCGCGUCGGCGCCGGGGCUCCGGUGUAUCUGGCGGCCGUGCUGGAGUAUCUGACGGCUGAGAUCCUGGAGCUGGCAGGCAACGCGGCCAGGGACAACAAGAAGACCAGGAUCAUCCCCCGGCACCUCCAGCUGGCUGUACGUAACGACGAGGAGCUCAACAAGCUGCUGGGAGGUGUGACCAUCGCUCAGGGAGGAGUGCUGCCCAACAUCCAGGCGGUCCUGCUCCCCAAGAAGACGGAGAAACCGGCCAAGAGCAAGUAAUAAAGACUCCGCAGGCCCGGACUCAGCCGGGACAAAGGGCUCACCUCGGAGCCAGCCACUUUUUCAUAUCGGUGUUUGUUUUUUGGAUACCAACCUUUGAAAUAAGGGGCAGUGUUUGGUGUUGCUGUUUCUACAAUGAAAACAUACACUCGCUUCUCAUCGGGACUUUUCGUAGACUGCUCCGUCGCCACUGUUGUGCUGUGGCUCUGGAAAAUGGACGCGCUUUCUGAAGGCUUAUGGAUGACGAAGGCCGGGGGGGGGGGUCUGUUCUUAAUAUGGGCCAAUUCUGAAGGGAGGGGUUGUUUUAGUCUCGCAAAGCUGCUAUAAAACGUGCAAAAUUGUUGUAUUGUUCAUGUCAUGUUUCAAUAAAUGUCCGGUAGCCUUUUGGCGUGGGGCGAAUACG